UUCCUCCAAAGCCCCCCAAACCAAUUACUCCAGUCAAUACGAAUGGAAUGAAAGACAAUUCCAGUUUCUCUCUGCAGGAAGCAGAGUGGUACUGGGGAGACAUCUCAAGGGAAGAAGUAAAUGACAAAUUACGAGACAUGCCAGAUGGAACAUUCCUGGUGCGUGAUGCAUCAACCAAGAUGCAGGGAGACUACACUCUGACAUUACGGAAGGGUGGCAACAAUAAACUGAUAAAGAUCUAUCAUCGGGAUGGAAAAUAUGGCUUUUCUGAUCCACUGACAUUUAAUUCAGUUGUGGAACUGAUUAACCACUACCGGAAUGAGUCUCUUGCUCAGUAUAACCCAAAGCUUGAUGUGAAGUUGAUGUAUCCAGUGUCCCGGUACCAGCAGGAUCAGUUGGUGAAAGAAGAUAAUAUAGAUGCAGUAGGUAAAAAGCUUCAAGAAUACCAUGCUCAGUAUCAGGAAAAGAGUAAAGAGUACGACAAAUUGUAUGAAGAAUAUACCAGGACAUCACAGGAAAUUCAGAUGAAGAGGACUGCAAUUGAAGCAUUUAAUGAAACCAUUAAGAUAUUUGAGGAGCAGUGCCACUCACAGGAGCGAUACAGCAAAGAAUACAUCGAGCGGUUUCGCAGGGAGGGGAAUGACAAAGAGAUUGAACGGAUAAUGAUGAACUAUGAAAAGUUAAAAUCACGCCUGGGUGAGAUCCAUGAUAGUAAAAUGCGCCUGGAACAGGAUUUGAAGAAACAAGCUCUGGACAACAGGGAGACUGAUAAGAAAAUGAAUAGUAUCAAGCCUGACCUAAUUCAGCUCCGCAAAAUCAGAGAUCAGUAUCUGGUGUGGCUCAAUCACAAAGGGGUGAGACAGAAGCGAAUAAACGACUGGCUGGGGAUCAAAAAUGAAAAUAUUGAUGACCCAUAUUUUGUGAAUGAAGAGGAUGAAAACCUGCCACAUCAUGAUGAAAAAACUUGGUUUGUAGGGGAUCUCAACCGUAUCCAAGCAGAAGACUUGCUCUGUGGGAAACCUGAUGGAGCAUUUUUAAUUCGAGAGAGUAGCAAGAAAGGAUGUUAUGCUUGUUCUGUGGUGGCUGAUGGAGAAGUGAAGCACUGUGUGAUCUACAGCACUCCAAGAGGUUAUGGGUUUGCAGAACCAUAUAACCUGUACAGCACACUGAAGGAGUUGGUUCUUCAUUACCAGCAGACAUCCCUUGUCCAACACAAUGAUUCCCUAAAUGUCAGGCUUGCUUAUCCUGUCUACGCACAGAUGCCCCCCUCUCUCUGCAGAUAAAUCUGGGGGAAGAGGAAAGUGUUGGCUAUCUUGGAUUCUUUUCUACAAUUUUUAUUAGAACUUGGAGGGCAUUCUUUCUCCUUAGACUGCUUGUUUUGCACAAGAAGUGAUUCUGUGAAUGUGAAUCAAAAAGAGGCCUAGCAGCAACAAGACAACAACUUGGGUGUAGGUGUCCUGGUGCUACCUUAAAAGCUCAGCUGUGCUUUUACACUGAUACUUGUGUUUCCUUAUGAGGGGAAUAAACUCAACACAUACAAAAAUACUGGAAGAGAAACAUCAAUUUCUGGAGAUAAUUUUUUGCCAGGCACCUUCAGAGGAACUUCUAAUUGCAUUUUGUUUUCUCUUGUUCUUGUAGAGACAAUUUGAAGCCUCUGUUGGAGGCAUCAGUAAUGUCUUUCAGUCUUAAACUCCCAAGAAACUAGGGGGGGAAGCUCUACCACAGCAAUUCUUCUCUGUUAAUUUUAGGAGCUUCACUGCGAUUCAGCCAAACUUCCAAAAGAGGGCUUGUCUUGAGGUAGCAUGGAAUUUGGUGAGAGAAGACCA